GUAAGAUGACAUGAAAAUAUUUUAGGUAUACACCAGUGACUUAAAUCGGUGUUUAUAUACGAAUAUGGUGUGUUAAUGAAAGCUAUUUUAUUAGUGUAUUUCAUGAAAAGAGAUGUUUAAAAAAUUCAAAAUACAUAUACAUAUAUUUGGAACGCUGUUGAUCGUUUUAGAUGGAUCAUGGGGCUAUACUCGUAUGGAAGACUAUUGCAGCAACGAAAUCAGCUUCAUCGCGUACACCGUAUAUCAAACACAGCUUCAACUUACUGACAACAACCUAUUUGAGAAACGAAAUCCCAACCACCCAUACGAUAGGCUUGGUUACUGUGAAACAACCGUAAAAGGGUGGUACACAUCCUUCAAUAAAUUAAUGUUCUAUUUUGAGGACAUUAACCUUGACUGUGAUAAAGGUCAUCUUGAAUUUUACGCUGGUGAAAGGUCAUUUGCGAGGAUUGAAGGCUUGGAAGUCGACGUUUGCGGAAAGGCAAAACCAGAAGGUGCAUUUACUGCUGACAGUCAAUAUAUCCGAAUAAAAUAUGUUCCCGUGAAAAACCAGAUUAUCUCUAAUGUGGUCUCUAUUGUUAUUACAAGUUUUGGUUAUAAUGAGUCGUGUCCAAGUUAUGGUCAUGAGUGUGACAAUUCACGGUGUAUAGACAAACAACUCGUAUGCAAUGGUUACGAUUCGUGUGGAGAUGGUUCCGGUUGUGUCACGCGCACUCGUUCUGUUACUGGUAUAGUCAUAGGAAUCACUGUUGGUGUAGUGUUGGUCAUCUGCUUAUUUGUGUGUUGCUUAUAUUUUAUCAGGCGCUCCAACGGUGCUGCUGAUACUGUACAGAACACUUCAUCAACUGUGCAAACAGCAACAUAUGUAAACCACGAGUCGAGCAGUCAGCCUUUGUCUGGUUCAAUUGUUCCACCAAUAAUGACCACUGAUCCAAUCGCUGCACAAAAUCAUGUAACAAACCAAGAUAACUACCAACAAGGCAGUAUUCGCCCCAUUUAUGGCCUCAACGAGGGAACAAAUAAUCAAUCAAAUCGAGCACCUGGUGUUUCACAUCCAAACACGAGCGAAUACAUUGACCCAUCAGCCUCUCCGCCAUCUUAUGAUGAAGUUAUGGCAAAGUCCGAGAUAAAAUAAAGUGUUUGUGUUAUCAUAGUGAAAAUAAUGAUAAAUACCGAUGCUAGCCUAUAAUAAUUCUCUUCGAAAUCAAACAACAUAAAGUCAGUUAUAACUUUUGGUAACUCAACUAUUGAACGUUUGUUAAUGUGAUAAGACUAUUUUUCUUUUGUAAUUUACAUUUUGAAAGGUCAUUGAACGUUGUUUGUAAGAACAUUUUCAGUCUCUCAUAUAUCAACAAAAAUGGACAUUCAAUGAACGCAGCCUUAUUUAAUUAUAAGCUUAUUUAAUUAAUAAGCUUAUUAAAGCCCAGAAACACAGGACCGCUGGCAAGGAGCUAAGCAGGCAGGACACCAAACAAAAGUAUGAGAAGUGACAAACCAAACGUAAAUCACGGAUGGGGCUAAUUAUAAAACAUUAAAAACAGGAAAUUAUAGAAACAAACAUGGAUAUUAGCAUGUAGCAAAAAAAAAAUAAAAUAAAAAAAAAAUAAUAAUAAAAAAAAUAGAAUAAAUAAAUAAAAAUGAUAAAAUAUGAGGAAGGUUCAAUAAACUAAAAGUUUUCUUGCCCAAGGUUGCCACCGAUAUUCACGGUAAUAAAACUCGAAUUAAAACAAUUUACAUGUUAUGUAUUUAGUUGUGUUGCCUAGCAUAUUGCUUAAUAAUGCAGGUUUACCUUUUAUUUAACUUUUAACUUUCGCCAUCUUAUGGUACAUUCCAACACAAUUUAAUAAACAAACAAUGACGAAAGUUAAGAUAUUUUUUAAACUAAAAGUGAGAAAAAAAAUCAAUGCUGUAUAUAUGUUUUUUUAUAUUAAUUAUUUUAUAAAAUUGAAAAUGUAAAAUGCUCUAUUACAUAAAAAUUAUAUAACUUGUGUAAGUUCGGGUCUGUCAUAAAUAAUAAAU